AUGCCGGAAAGGUAUGAUAUUUCUAUAAGAGUGGCUCUCGCCUAUCUUGGUUUACAUUUAAUGAUGAUGGAAGAUCGAGUCCAACGUAAACGACAAUUGUUGCGAGCAACAGAAGACCCAUUCGAUUUGACAAAUGACGAAUUUAAAGAACUAUACCGCUUAACAUCGGACUUAAUGUUUGAUCUCAUUGAUGCAUUAGAACCUCGAUUGCAACGAACAAGAAUCACAGGGUUGUUUGUAGAGAAACAAAUAUUGUCGGCAGUAAGGUUUUACGCAAUAGGUUGUUUUCAACGUCCUGUAGGUGAGCAGUGGGGCAUUUCCAUGAGCCAGAUAUCGAUCAGCAGAUGUAUACACAAAGUGACAGAUGCGAUCAAUGAUUUAAUAUUUAGACAAUGGGAACAAUUCCCCAUUAGUCCUGGAGCCAGGCAGUUAGCGAGAAUGCAAUUUCAAAAUGCACGUCAGCCGUUUGAAGGAGCUCUUGGAGCGAUUGAUUGCACUCACAUUGCAAUUUUUGCUCCCAACCCAGACAAGCAUGAAGAAGCUUAUGUUAAUCACCACGGAUAUCAUUCACUGAAUGUGCAAAUGAUAUGUGACCCAAAUUUGAAAAUACUUAAUGUGAAUGCAAGAUAUCCCGGAGCAAGACACGAUGCAUAUAUAUGGAAUGAUUCUGCUGCACGACGAGUUAUGGAACGCGCAUACAAUCGUGGUGAACGACGAGCAUAUUUUAUUGGUGAUUCAGGUUAUCCGUUAGAACCGUGGCUGUUAACUCCUUUGCCCCGAGAACCGGAAGGAACUCCACGUUUUGCGUAUAACGAAGCGUUGUGUAGCGCAAGAAAUUGUAUCGAACGUCUUUUUAACGUACUGAAAUCUACUUGGAGAUGUCAUUCUCGACACAGAGUUUUGCAAUAUGAACCUGGCUUUGCUGGAAAAAUAGUCAAUGCUUGCGCAGUCUUCCAUAAUAUGCGGAAUGCUCACGUCUUCCAUAAUAUGCGGAAUGCUCACGGCAUAUUUGAUAAUGAUCUAUUUGAUGAGUUGAAUAACAUACAUAUGUAUGAAAAUUGUGAUGAUGUUAAUAUUAAUCUGGAUAAUGUGCAUGGACCUCUCGCUAUCGCACGUCGCAUCCAAGACCGUUUGAUAGCAGAAAGAUUUGGCAGAUAA